AAGACGAAAUACAUCCUAAAUCCUUUUUCAGGAGAAUAUAGACCCACUCCAUUUUCUUUAUAUGAAAUAUUCAUCGUCAAAGCGAUGGACUAUGACUUUUGAGUCGGGAUUUCCACGCAGAGCGACGCCGACCAAAGCCUCCGUUCAAUUCCAUCCCCCCGUCGCUCUCGAUUUCGUCUCCGUCCAAGAAGAACCGCUGUUCCCCGAAGAUCUUCCUGAACCGAUCUCCGAUCACCUCGCCGAGCAAGCCAAAGUUCGCGGCGACGCUGAGGAUGGCUCAGUCCGCUCACACCUCAGUUGUUCAGCAGCAGAGAGUCGUGAUUCCGAACAAGCAUGGGGAGAAACUGGUGGGGUUGUUGCAUGAGACUGGAUCUUCGGAGAUUGUGAUCCUCUGCCACGGCUUCCGGUCUAGCAAGGAAAAUGACACGACGGUGAAUCUUGCUGCUGCUUUAGAGAAGGAGGGUAUUAGUGCUUUCCGCUUUGACUUUGCUGGCAACGGAGAGAGUGAAGGAACGUUUGAAUACAGUAAUUACUGGAGAGAAGCUGAUGAUCUUCGUGCUGUUAUUGAGCACUUCAAUGGAGCUAAUCGGGUGACCAGUGCAAUUGUGGGGCAUAGCAAAGGAGGCGGUGUAGUUCUUCUUUAUGCUUCUAAGUAUCAUGAUAUACAUAAUGUUGUCAAUGUCUCUGGCCGUUAUGAUUUGAAGGGAGGAAUUGAAGAUCGCUUGGGCAAAGAUAUCAUGCAAAGAAUUAAGGAGGAUGGAUUCAUUGAUGUUAAGAAUAAAUCAGGAACUAUUAUUUAUCGUGUUACACACGAAAGUAUGACGGAUCGCUUAAAUACCAAUAUGCACGAAGCAUGUCUUAAGAUCGACAAAAAUUGCAGGGUUUUGACGGUUCAUGGAUCUGCUGAUGAAAUUAUCCCAGUAGGGGAUGCACUAGAAUUCGCAAAAAUCAUACCCAAUCACAAGCUGCAGAUUGUAGAAGGAGCCGAUCAUUGUUAUACCUUACAUCAGGCAGAGUUGACCCCUAUUGUAUCGAGUUUCAUAAAGCAAGCAUUGGAGGAGGACAGAAAGAAAUCCAGCAAAUAGUGAGGUAGCCUCGUGCCUGAUUGUCAGAGAAGAUCUUUGCUCGCAUUACGAAUGAGAUAGCAAAGUCAAGGCUUUCAACUUAUUCCUGAUUAUCAACUUAGGUGUGUAGGUACCAUGCAAAAUCGUUUGCGAUGCAACUGAAGAUAGCCAAAAUAUGAGCGCACUAUUGGAAGUUAAUAUUCCUUACUUUGUCCUAUUGAGAAUCGUGAUGCGAGCAUUAAUUGUACUAUUAUGAAUUGUCCAUUCUUAUAAUGGUGAUUCAUCUCUAUCUAGCUUAA